UAAAUUGAGCCAUCAUCGUUCUCAUGAGAAUCGAUUCGACGAGGGGUACAUAGUCUCCAACACUUCUUACAUUAACCAACAAAGGUUUCAUCGCAAUGCCUACUGAGAAAAAGAUAUUUGAUAAUUUCUACCUAGUGAAGCAUAUUCUGACCUACGCAACAGAUCAAACAGGCGGUCCUUUUACAAGUUUGGAUAAUUUGAAUUUGAGACGUGUCAACUCAACUUUCAAUGCUGCAUUGUUGUCCUUGAUAAGAUCAAAAUUUGUAAUUAUAGAAGUUUCACCAAUUCCAGCGACCGGGCAAAUACACCCGCUUGGAUUUAUCUUGAAUAAGAGAAAAUUUAUAUUGUAUAACUCAAGCAAUUUCUUCAAAUUCUUGAAGUCUGUUGCAAAGAUUAAAGUCAACCAAUUAUUUUUCGGUAAUUUUCGGAAUGUGCCUGAAAUACACAAACUACUUAUUCACAAUACAAUAAUGGAUGAUCUUGUUUUAGAACAAGUGAACAACAUGGAAAUAUUCAUGGGAGCUGAUAGCAUUUGCAAGAAUAAAUGCUGGAAGUGUGCGACAGUUGCCAAAAAUUGUUCAGAUUAUGGUCCAAUGCAAUUAAAUGUGAAAUUCCCCGAAAAACAUCACUUUAGAAUGUUGAAGGUGUCGGAGGCACUUAUUGCAGAAAUGGCAAUUCAAUGUUUGAAGCAAGAUGAUUUUCUGAAAACUCUGGAAGAAGAAUAUAUUUCUCCAAAUGUCACAUGUGACAAGUUGAAAAUUUGGCUAUCAGAUCGCAUAAUUGAACCACAGAGUGGACAGUUUUUGCCACGUCAAAUAAUUGACAAAAUGCUGCUGACGUGGCAAGUGAAAAAAGUCAUCCUAGUUUUUGAAUGUGAAGAAUCUACUGCCAAAACCUGCUGGACAGAAGUUCAAGACAAAUUUUCCACAUUAAACUUCACCACAGAAUUUGAAAAAACACAACACGCUCCACCUGGUAUUCAACUACAAAGUGUGAAACUUUUCUUGAUACAUAGUUCGUAUUUCGGUUUAGGUUUUGAAAAUCACAUGAAACUGAAUGGUUUGUUUGAUUUUGAAAAUAUCAUUGCGAAUGUGAAGCGAGUUUUUCCAACUAAUGAAUUGCACGUGGAUCUGCCAGUGCAGCUGAUGAAUACUGCGUUGGUGGACUUUCAUGCAUUCCUCGAUACUAUAUUUGAUUUCACUUGGAAGGAUUUUAAAAAUUUUCGGGACUCGAAUAUAUAUUUCAGACUGCUUUCCGGCAGAUUGGAUGAGCCUGUAAAUCCCGUGAAAACCAAGUUACUCUACAAUAAUCGUCCUAUCAGAGUAACCAAGACAUCAGAGACAUCGCAGGCACUCAAGGUUUUUGAACAAUGGCAACCUAAGCUGAAUCACCAAGUUCUUAUUCAUCCAACUCUCACGUUUGAAGACACAUCUAACAGAAGCUAUAUCCAUAUACAAGUUAUUAAGCAAGAUCAGAACAUGAAUGAACCUGAAAGUUGGCUAAUACCGGAAGUCGUUAAGCAUAACAAUAUGGAUGGAUAGAAAUGUUGAACGGCGAAGAUGCAAUUGAUAAAGAAUAGUUUUUUUUCUAUCUUAUUUUGAUUAUUUUUUUACAUUUUGGAAAUUUGGGAAAUUUUAUUUUACGAGUACCCAAAAUAACGAUUUUAAAAAAAUUUUAAUAAUU